AGUAAUGAAUAUUUGAUUCAAUAUGGCCUCCCUCCCCGCUGUUCACUUUCUCAAGAAGUAUGUAAACAUUAUAAAUUUUAAGCCACUACGUGGCAUAUAUACUACCUAAUCCACGGCUGUGGUCAAGAAAGCUUCUUGUCUGACAAAUUGUCAAAUUUAGAGAUGCUAUGAUGAUGUAUUUGAGUGGUAUAGUUCAUGAUUAGGUCUCUCGAAGUGGACGAUUAAUCAAGUUUAACUUGACCAGCAAACAACAAAAACAUGAGAACUAUCUAUAUGGUGGCCUUUACAUUGGCCUGGGUGGUUAUUUUUGUUGUUCCUAGCGCACUAUACAUCAGACGAAAAAUUAGUGGCGAGGAAGAAUUCCCGAAAGAAGCAACUUUGCAAUUGAAAGAAUAUAUCAGACAUAUCAGUUCAAAGGUAAAUGGACAUAAAGAAACAAUGGAUAAAGCCAUUAAUGACCUCUCAGAGAAGUUCAACGAAUCACUUCAGAGAAUGAAUAAUAAGAUAUCCUCCUUACAACAAGUACUGCAUGAAAAACGAAGCAGCAUGGCAGAUAAGAUAUCUGAACUCCGCUUUACUUCAGACAAGUCAGAAUCAAACACCUCUACACCUACAAAUUCGCUAACCUUUAAUAGUAAAGGUGAUAUAAGUCAGGGUGAUAGGUGUGUCGAUACGAUGGAGCGGACUGAGGGAGGAUUCCCUGAGCUUUUUGCUUGUCAUCAAAAGGGUGGCAAUCAGGAAUGGGAAUACACCUCAGACAACCAACUAAAGAACCCAUUACGAGGAGACUGCCUUACAGCACCACCCAACAAAGAAAAGACAAUAAUAGAGUUAAGGCAAUGCUCCUCAGACAGCCCACUUCAGAAAUGGGAGAGAUCAGGAGAGAGCAUCAAGCUGAUAGGGUCUGACCGAUGCCUGGAUGUGCACAGUGAUGGUAUUGUUGCUGUAAGAGCCUGUGACCAGAACGCAGCGACACAAAAAUGGAAGUUUUCCCAAUAAUACUUUCCUCAAAAUGACAGUCUGUUUUAAUAUGCACGUUUUUCAAGCCGCAUGUUGUUCAUAUGUAAAGAGAUAGUAAAUGUACGCAGAUGAGUAAAUGAACGCAGAUGGUAUGUCGAAUACACAAAAAACUGAUAUUCGAUUCUGCCUAAUUUUCGUCUUUAAUAAGACUUCUUCAGGCAGUCUGCCCUGAAGAGGUCUUAUUAAAGUCGAAAAUUUGGCAGAGCCGAAUACCAGUAUUUGGUGUAUUGUAUUUUUUCUUCUGGUUCACGAAACCGACAAUUUUGUAAUUGUUCAGAUGGUAUGUAGCAUAUAGUAUGUAUUUCUACAUUGAAUGUUAUCUUUUCAAUUAAAAAAUAUGGUUAUCACAA